AUGACUUGCGGCAAGAUCAGACUGGCUGACGGGUUCUUGAACACACCCUCUUCACUGAAUUCCUUGAUCUCAAACAAAGACAAAAUCUCUUUUCUCAAGACACGGACCUCGAUGUUGCGGCUCUUGGACAGACUCAAGAUUUGGCACAAGUACUUGGACAGCUCCAGAGUUGGAUUCGAUAGAUGGAUGUGCGAUCCAGGAAGUUUCGGAAACUGGAAAGACGAAGGGUUCUGGCACCAUGAAACGAAUCCAUGUACCAUUGAGUCUGCCUCAGAGCUGUUCUUGAUGGCAUCAUCCCACCAGUUCUUCACCAAUCCUCUCAGGACCACCAGUGCAGGGCCCGAAAAGGAGUCCUCUGCAAACGCUUUUUCUGAGCUUGCAUCUGUGGUGCUAAAGACACCUUCGGCCUCGUUGAUCAAGGACGAGGUCAGAAUGGUGUUGAUUGUCAAGUUCUUGAUCUCAAGUUCCAAGCAGACACUCUCGUAUGUUUCUGGUCUGUUAAUGACAGGGAACUGGAACGACUCGUCCACAGCAAAAGUGUCCUUCUCCAAUCCACCCAGGUCCGGAUUUGGAUUUGGAGACCACCAUAGAACAAUGUUGGCCUGCUUCAACUUUCUUGCAUACUCGAUGUCGAUCAUAUAG